AUGCUAGAGACCUACAGGAACCUCACUGCAAUAGGCUACAAUUGGGAAAGUCAUAAUAUAGAAGAGCAUUGUCAAAAUUCUAGAAGACAUACAAGACAUAAAAGGAUACAUAUAGGAGAGAAAACUCAUGUAUGUAACCGAUGUGGUAAAGCCUAUGCAUCUAACAGUGAUCUCCUAAGACAUAAAGGAACUCACACUGGAGAAAAACCUUAUGAAUGUAAUCAAUGUGGUAAAGCCUUUGUACGUAACAGUCAUCUAAUACAUAAAAGAACUCACACUGGAGAGAAACCUUAUGAAUGUAUCCAAUGUGGUAAAGCCUUUGCAUAUAACAGUAAACUUUUAGUACAUAAACGAACUCACACUGGAGAAAAACCUUAUGAAUGUAAUCAAUGUGGAAAAGCCUUUGCAUGGAACAGUGAUCUCCAAAAACAUAAAAGAACUCACACUGGAGAGAAACCUUAUGAAUGUAACCAAUGUGCUAAAGCCUUUGCAGAUGACAGUAGUCUCCAAAGACAUAAAAGAACUCACACUGGAGAGAAACCUUAUGAAUGUAACCAAUGUGGUAAAGCCUUUGCAUCUAACAGUAAUCUACGAGUACAUAAAAGAAUUCACACUGGAGAGAAACCUUAUGAAUGUAACCAAUGUGGUAAAGCCUUUGUACGUAACAGUCAUCUCCUAGUACAUAAAAGAACUCACACUGGAGAAAAACCUCAUGAAUGUAACCAAUGUGGUAAAGCCUAUGCAUCUAACAGUGAUCUCCUAAGACAUAAAGGAACUCACAGUGGAGAAAAACCUUAUGAAUGUAAUCAAUGUGGGAAAGCCUUUUCACAGAACAGUCAAUCCAUAAUACAUAAAAGAACUCACACUGGAGAGAAACCUUAUGAAUGUAACCAAUGUGCUAAAGCCUUUGCAGAUAACAGUAAUCUAUGA